AAUUGUCGAACUGGGGUUUCUAGUCCCUCCUGGCUUCCCGUUCUCCAGACCCGGCGGACGGAGACAACCGAGGCCUCCAUAUUGAAAAAGCGACCCGGCCCCUAAAGGGUCGUUGAGGUGCGGACAGCUCUGCAGACCAGCCUCGGCUGCUCCAGGGAAAAGCAAUAUGUUAAGGAUACCUGUAACAAGGGCCUUAAUAGGCCUUUCUAAGUCUCCUAAAGGAUGUGCUCGAACAACUGCCACAGCAGCAAGCAACUUGAUUGAAGUAUUUGUUGAUGGUCAGUCUGUCAUGGUGGAACCAGGAACUACCGUCCUUCAAGCUUGUGAGAAGGUUGGCAUGCAGAUCCCUCGAUUCUGUUAUCAUGAAAGGUUGUCAGUUGCCGGAAACUGCAGGAUGUGCCUUGUUGAAAUUGAGAAAGCGCCUAAGGUUGUAGCUGCUUGUGCCAUGCCAGUAAUGAAAGGUUGGAAUAUCCUGACAAACUCAGAGAAAUCUAAGAAAGCCAGAGAAGGUGUGAUGGAGUUCUUAUUAGCAAAUCACCCAUUGGACUGUCCUAUUUGUGACCAAGGAGGUGAAUGUGAUUUGCAGGAUCAGUCCAUGAUGUUUGGAAGUGAUAGGAGCCGAUUUUUAGAGGGGAAACGUGCUGUGGAGGACAAGAACAUUGGGCCAUUGGUAAAAACCAUUAUGACUAGAUGUAUACAGUGUACUCGCUGCAUCAGAUUUGCAAGUGAGAUUGCAGGAGUAGAUGAUUUGGGAACAACAGGCAGAGGAAAUGAUAUGCAGGUUGGCACAUACAUUGAAAAGAUGUUCAUGUCUGAACUUUCUGGAAAUAUCAUUGACAUAUGCCCUGUAGGUGCCCUGACCUCUAAGCCCUAUGCCUUUACCGCCCGGCCUUGGGAAACAAGAAAGACAGAAUCCAUUGAUGUGAUGGAUGCAGUUGGAAGUAAUAUUGUGGUCAGCACAAGAACUGGAGAGGUGAUGAGGAUUUUGCCAAGGAUGCACGAGGACAUCAAUGAAGAAUGGAUCUCUGAUAAAACCAGAUUUGCCUAUGAUGGGCUAAAACGUCAAAGACUUACCGAGCCGAUGGUCAGAAAUGAAAAGGGGCUUUUAACGUAUACCACCUGGGAGGAUGCGCUCUCUCGUGUAGCUGGAAUGUUGCAGAGUUUUCAAGGCAGUGAUGUGGCAGCAGUUGCAGGUGGCUUGGUGGAUGCUGAAGCCCUGGUAGCUCUCAAAGAUUUACUUAAUAGAGUGGACUCUGACACCCUGUGCACUGAAGAGGUCUUCCCCACUGCGGGAGCUGGCACGGAUCUGCGUUCCAAUUACCUUCUUAAUACUACAAUUGCUGGUGUGGAAGAGGCGGAUGUUGUCCUUUUGGUUGGUACAAAUCCACGUUUUGAGGCACCACUAUUUAAUGCUAGAAUUCGAAAAAGCUGGCUUCACAAUGACUUACAAGUGGCCCUUAUAGGCAGCCCGGUGGAUCUCACUUACAGAUAUGACCAUCUGGGAGAUUCUCCCAAAAUUCUUCAAGACAUUGCUUCGGGUAGCCAUCCAUUCAGCCAGAUCCUAAAGGAAGCUAAAAAACCAAUGGUAGUCCUAGGCAGUGCUGCACUCCAAAGAAAUGAUGGAGCAGCAAUUCUUGCAGCUGUUUCCAACAUUGCCCAAAAGAUUCGGAUGAGUAGUGGUGUUACUGGUGACUGGAAAGUAAUGAAUAUCCUUCAUAGAAUCGCAAGCCAAGUAGCUGCUUUGGACCUUGGCUAUAAACCUGGGGUGGAAGCAAUUCGGAAGAACCCUCCCAAAGUACUGUUUCUUCUGGGAGCAGAUGGAGGUUGUAUCACUCGACAGGAUUUGCCAAAGGACUGUUUCAUUAUUUAUCAAGGACAUCACGGUGAUGUCGGAGCUCCUAUAGCUGAUGUCAUUCUCCCCGGCGCUGCUUACACAGAGAAGUCUGCCACUUACGUCAACACUGAGGGCCGAGCUCAGCAGACUAAAGUAGCAGUGACACCUCCUGGCUUGGCAAGAGAAGACUGGAAAAUUAUAAGAGCCCUUUCUGAGAUUGCAGGAAUGACUCUACCAUAUGAUACUCUGGAUCAAGUAAGGAACAGAUUGGAAGAAGUCUCUCCUAAUCUUGUUCGAUAUGAUGAUGUUGAAGGAGCUAAUUAUUUCCAACAAGCGAAUGAGCUCUCCAAGCUAGUGAACCAGCAGCUUCUUGCUGAUCCACUUGUUCCACCUCAGCUAACAAUAAAAGACUUCUACAUGACAGAUUCAAUUAGCAGAGCCUCACAGACAAUGGCCAAAUGUGUCAAAGCUGUCACAGAGGGUGCUCAGGCAGUAGAGGAACCAUCCGUAUGCUGAAAUAUCUACUGGGACCCAGUUUUGCUACAGUUAGUUAAUGGACAGUUAUGUUGGAGUGCUCUCUUCGAGGUAUCUCUUUAAAAAAUAAUCUGAAUGAUGUCAUAUUUAAGGUUCUACCAUGUUUUAUUUGAACACGAUAUUGCAAUUAUCAAAGAGCUUGAGAUUUCAAAGCAUUUAUGUAUUGUGUGUAAACCUUGUUAAACAGCUUAAUAAACAUUAUACAGAUGCUCUUUCAUGUAAAGGCAUUGACAAUCUUUGUGACAAAAAAAGAAAAUCCUUAAAAUGUGAAUUUUUAUUUAUCUUCAUUGAUGACUUACAUUUGUAAAAUGGUUGAAAUAAGAAUAGCUUCCAUUAGGGCCUUUUUUUUUAAGUGCUAAAGAAAAAAUUUAUGUAUUCUGUCAAGCUGGGUAAAUAGAAAAAAUAUAUAUAAUAUAACCAUACAUCAGACAUGUAUCUUGGACAACUCUAAUUAAUAAUAAUCAUAAUAAUGAUAGCUAAUGAUUAUUCAGGUUUUUUAAUGUGCUAAGCACUCUGGUUUUACAUACAUUAUCUUGUUUUGUCCUUGUUACAUCCCUUUGAGGCAGUGUUAUCUCAUUUUACAGAUGAAGAAACUGAAGCCCAGGGAUAUUGGGUGGAUAUUGGGAUAUUGCUGAAAGCCACGGCAAAAAAAAAAGUCAUAGAAUCACGCCUGAUUUUCUGACUUCAAAGCCUAUUUGUUCUUAAUUGCUGUACAUAAUUUCCUCCCAUUAAUACAGAUUCCAUAGGUUGUUACUUCUAAGAAUUAGUAUUGAGGAGCUUAAUGGAUAACACAUUUUUCUGUUUUCUCUUGAAUCUGUUUAUAAUGUUGUGGUGAUUUAUGUGAUUUUUUUUCCUGUAUAAUAGAUUGCAUACAUAUGCACCCUUGGAAUGAGGGAGGUCUCAAGAGAUAUAAUUUAGGUCCUCAUCGAUGUUCCAUAUUUAUUAUAUUAAUACCAUCUGUAGUAUUAAGCAACUAAAUUAUUCCAGGGAUAGAAGACAAAACUAACAGCUUUCAUAAUUUUCAAUUGUCAAAAAAAAAUUAAAAUUUUACACUUAAUCUAGGAGAUAAUCUAAUGCUAUAUUAAAUGUUUUUCCAAAUCUAUGUUCAGAAUCCUUUGUUUUGUAAUUUUUACUCCUUUCUGCUUUCACUAAAGACUUAGCCCUGACUAUAGGUUACAACUUUACUGAUAUAACAGAGGGUAAGAUUUUUUAGACUAUAGUAUGCCAUCAGUACUUUGUCUUUAAAAAUUGUACAAAAUUUGUCACCUAACAGCUUUUACAGAAUCUUGUUAUUUUAUUCACUUCAGUGAUAUGUCAUGCAAUUGUGUACUUUGCUUAAAGUACUUUGCUUAAAAUUCUUAGUUGCCUGAAAUUGUAUAAAUUCUUGCUGAAAGUCUUUGAAUUUAAUACAAAUGUCUUAUCCCUCUCUGCCUUCUUUACCCCUUAGCACUGUUGCUGACCUCAAGGGGGCAUAUAAUUUUAGUAUGUAUUUUACAUAGUACUCUUCAUUGAAUGAGUAUAGACUUCAUAAGAUUCUUGGUGAAGGAAUAACUCAUUCAAAUGGAGAAAAAGUGAUAUAUGAGUAAGAUGGUCCAGGAUCCUAGGGCUGCCAUCUAGGCAGCAUGUGUUGAACUUGUAAUUCUGUAAAGAAAACCUUGUCUGGGCUAAGUAGUACUCAGUAAGAUGUGUUGAUUUUUUGUGAAGUAAAAUGAAAGGCCAUCCCAGGGGCACCUAUUAGCCACUUAAUGCUGAAUAUUAAGGUUAUUGUGAGUGUAAACAUUGAAGAUGGUUGCCAGACUUUCCAAAGAAAAGCCCCAGAUAGGAGAAAAAUACAUCUAGGUAAGAAGAGUAACGUUGCUGAUGAAAUUUUGAUUCUAAGCAGUGAGGGAGUCAACAAUGAGAAAUCUGCAAAGGAUCAAGGUCAAGUCAUUUUGGGUGAAGAUGGCAAUCCAGAAAAACUCUGGACUAAUAAUGCCAUUCAGAGAGGACCUUCUGAAUAUGGCCAUUAAAGCUUUAAGUACAUUAUGUCUAAUUUUCACAAAAAUUCUGCGAUCAGUUGGUAUAUAAGACCAAAAAAAUAUCAAAUAACUUGCCCAUUGUCACCCAGUUAGAGACUAAAAGCAAGAAUGUUUAAUUAAAGAUACUUUUAUUGACCCAUUUUGCCUCUAAUAAAAACCUUUUGGACCACUAUAAAAACUGAAUAGAUGUACAGGAAAAAUCUUAAAGCUUAAACUUCAUACAGUAUGCCCCCCAAAUUUAUUGUAAGUUUUAUUACAGUGAAUACAUUAAUAAAAGUACUACACCUUCUUAA